GAGAGAAAAAGAGAGAGAGGGAACGUAUAUCGAGCUAAUAGAGAGAAGAGAAAGGAAAGGCGGAAGGAUUAUAUAUAUACAUACAUACAUAUAUAUAUAUAUAUACAUAUAUAUAUAUAUAUAUAUAUAUUCGGGCAACAUGGCCACCGCGAUCGACGACCGACAGGAACUCCUCGAACAAUUUCAAGCUAUCGAUGCAAAUGGCGAUGGAUUUAUCGAUCUGGCUGAACUACGAAAUGCAUUGGACGUUUGCGGAUUUAAAAUGCCCGGCUAUAAAGUGCGACAAAUGAUCGAGGAGUAUGACGACAAACAGAGACUACAACACAAGGGCCGGCUGUCCUUCGACGAGUUCGAGAAACUCUGUAAGGAGCUUAAGGCCAACGAACUUGGAUCCACUUUCAAGCACGUCGUCUCGAAAAAGGAGAAUCUUGAAACGUUGGGAGGAAUUUCGGAAGCGUCAAGCGUUGGUACGACUCAUUCCGUUAGACUCGAGGAACAACUUGCCUUCAGUGAUUGGAUCAAUACUAAUCUUGCACAUGAUCCCGAUUUGAAACAUUUGUUACCUAUCGAUUCUGAGGGCAAGACUCUUUAUGACAAGGUUAAGGAUGGCAUACUUCUUUGUAAAAUCAUCAAUCAUUCUUGUCCGGAUACCAUAGACGAAAGAACCAUCAACAAGAAGAGUCUGACAUUGUAUAAGAAGCAUGAAAAUUUGACGCUUGCAUUAUCAUCGGCACAAUCUAUUGGUUGCAAUAUCAUCAAUAUUGAUGCUCAUGAUCUUACCAAAGGAUCACCUCACUUGGUUUUAGGUCUCUUAUGGCAAAUUAUUAGAAUUGGUUUAUUCAAUCAAAUUACUUUAGAGAAUUGUCCUGGUUUGGCGACGUUAUUACAAGACGGUGAACGUAUUGAAGAUCUUCUAAAACUUUCUCCCGAGUCUAUACUAUUGAGAUGGGUUAAUCAUCAUUUAGAAAACGCUGGUAUCGCUAGAAGAUGCAAUAACUUCCAAUCAGACAUCACGGAUUCUGAAAUUUAUACUUACUUGAUUAAACAAAUUGCACCUAAUACUGCUGGCGUCACCGUCGAAGCUUUAAUGGAACCAAAUCAUUUGUCACGAGCUGAAAUCAUGCUUCAACAAGCUGCAAAAUUAGGUUGUCGCAGUUUUGUUACACCCAGUGAUGUCGUCAAUGGUAUUUAUAAACUCAAUCUUGCAUUCGUCGCAAACAUGUUUAACAAUUAUCCUGGCCUGGAUAAGCCUGAGAACAAUAUCGAAGGAUUGGAAUCAUUGGAAGAGACUCGGGAAGAGAAAACAUAUAGAAAUUGGAUGAAUUCUAUGGGUGUGGUACCUCACGUCAAUUGGCUUUAUUCCGAUCUUGCCGAUGGAUUAGUAAUCUUCCAAUUAUAUGACAUCAUAAAACCUGGUACAGUCAAUUGGCACAAAGUUCAUAAAAAGUUUACCAAGUUAAGAAAAUUCAUGGAGAAAUUAGAAAACUGCAAUUACGUGGUUGAACUUGGAAAACAGAUGAACUUUUCAUUGGUCGGUAUAGCAGGACAGGAUAUUAAUGAUGGGAACGCGACCUUGACAUUGGCUCUCAUCUGGCAAUUGAUGAGGUCUUAUACUUUGUCAAUUUUGACGUCAUUGACUGGUACGCAGGGCAGUACUCUGGUCGAAAAAGAGAUCGUACAAUGGGUUAAUUCUAAAUUGCAAGGAGCAGGGAAGAGUAGUAGUAUCAAAAGUUUUCAGGAUUACGCGAUAUCGGAUGGUAAGGUAGUGAUCGAUUUGAUCGACGCUAUCAAACCCGGGUCUGUUAAUUAUGAUCUUGUUAAGGAGGGUGGUACAGAGGAAGAAAACCUCGACAACGCCAAAUAUGCGAUAUCCUUGGCACGAAAAUGUGGUGCUCGGGUCUAUGCAUUACCAGAAGACAUAACCGAGGUAAAACCGAAGAUGGUGAUGACCGUGUUCGCCUGUUUGAUGGCGAUGGACUACAUCCCCAAUAUGGAUUCAGUAAAGCAGCAAAAUAACGUGAAUAACAGUCAAUAAUGUCGAGCCAUAUUUUUACCGUCGUGCCGUUACUUUCCUACGCGAGAACUUUUGAUAGGGCAUUACAUUUCCUUGUGCUCUAUGUCUCUUCCAACAACGUAAUAAUAAUAAUAAUAAUUAUAAUAAUAAUAAUAAUAAUAAUAAUAAUGAAUAAUAAUAAUAAUAAUAAUAAUAAUAAUAAUGAAUAAUAAUAAUAAUAUUAAUAUUAAUAAUAAUGAUAAUAAUAAUUAUUAUUAUUAUUAUAUAAUAAUAAUAAUUGUAUAUACGUAGGUUAGGAUAGCUUCUUUUUCACGAUUCAUUAGGAUCAAACUUGAGAAUAGAAAAUGGCGGGACAGAAAGAGAAAAUAGAUGUUCGUACUGUUGUUUAUGUGUGUGUGUGUGUGUGUGUGUGCGCGCGCGUGUGUGUGUAUAUGCAUGUCCCUUUUUAUAUAAUGCCAGGAGAAUCAAAAAAAAAAAAAAGAAAAAGAAAAAAAAAAGAAAAAAAAAAUAUUUGCUGUGUUAUUAUACUUAUUAGAUACUUAUGAAAUGAUAGAAACGAUUCUCCUCAUCGGUAACUCUCUUCAUUGGAUAUUCAUUGGAUUUCUCGGUAUAUUUUUUUAAUCGUUAAAUCAUGUCCUUCAUCUUUGCGUCGCUCCAAAUCUAAAUCAUUUAAAUAAGAGAAAAAUUGUGAACUGUGAUCGAACUGUUAUGUGCUUAAGUUAUGUUCAAACUUAAAAUGAUAAGAGCUCUUGACUCAUCUUUUUUUUUCUUUCUUUUUUUUCUUUCUUUCUUUCUUUCUUUCUUUUUUUUUUUUUUUUUUUUUUUUCCGUGCACUUCAUCGAAGUGCGAUGGAACGAAAUUAGUUAUACCAAUCGAAAAAUAUUUUCAAAAAUUAAUUAAUCUCAUUGCUCAACGUUAAAUUAUAAUUUUUACUAUCAUUUGUGUGGAGUGCUUUGAUGAUGGAUAGCAUGCUAGAUAUAUUAUAUACGUGUGUAUAUAUAUGUAUAUACUUAUAUACUUAUAUAUAUAUAUAUAUAUAUGUACACACACAGGUACGCGUUUAUAAAUAUAAAAGGACUGUCCUUAGCUUACAGAUACAUUGUUUUACAAUUUUGCAAUCAUGUUAAUGUCAAUCAAAAGGUUUAUAGAAAAUAACCUUUCUAGUAUAGGAUAUAAAAAAUCGAUAAACUAUGUUUAUGCAAGAUUUUUUUUACACAUAUGCUCUUUCAAGAAUGUAAUAUACAUUCCAAAUUUUUUCUAGAAUUUUUUCCGAAGCAUUUUAUGAAGCCGCCCUCCGAAGUGAAAUGUGUUUCAUAGUAAACAUUUUGUAACUUUUUUCAAUAAUGAUAUUACAAAACGAUAAAGAAGAAAACGGUACAUAAUUUGUAAUCACGUUUUUCUACGAUUUUCUAAUGCGAUAUAAUUUGAUAAGAUUAUUGACAGAAUGUCUUUCUUUUUUUUUCUUUUUUCUUUUUUUUUUUUUUUUUUUUUUUACGAUUUCUAUCAAAUAGAUUCGUACGAUGUCGAAUGAUAAAAAAAUUAAAAAAUUAAAAAAAAGAAUAUAAAAAAAAAAAAAAAAAGAAAAAAAAAUUAGAGCAUUACGAAUAAGGAUAAAAGAGAUUAGAAAAAUGUCUACCGAUAGAUUAGAAUCAACGAUGCCCACCAAAGCUAUGAUCUUUUUUUUUCUUUUUUUUUUUCACGCGUAUCUGUAAACGUAUCUAAUUUCCUUGAGCUUAGUUAAGAAGUUCUAAGAAGAACGAGCUCCCCAUAAAAAAAAGAAAAAAAAAAAUUAGAUUUAUCGUGCGCCAAUGCGAUUAGAUUUUUAUAUGAUUUAAGAGAAAAUCAAUAAAAUUGUGCCACUGAUUGUAUGAAAUCGAAAGGAAAGUAGAAAAAGAAAGGGCACGCUUUUGAAAAAUUUCAUCGAAUUUCAAUUGUCCUCUUAAAAAGUGCAAUAAAUAUAUGUGCAUAUCCAUCUGUAGCUAACUUAAGGAAAAGAAAAAAAAUAAACAAAGGGUUUUUUUUUUUUUUUUUUUUUUUUUUACGAAUAUAUUUCAAACAAUCGUCGAAUCAUAUCAAAAAUAAAAGCGAAAAUAAAAAUAAAAAAUAAAAAACGAAAUACGUAAAUCUUUUAACGUGGAUCUGUCGAAGACAAUUGUCCUAAUAUUUUAUAAAAAAAAAAAAAGAAGAAAAAAAAAAAAAGAAAGGAAAAAAAGUAUCAUUAAACUAACAAAAGGAAAUCGACGAAAUAAACUUAAAUAGCACAUGCAUAUUAGACUUUAAAAAUAAAUAGCAAUUUAUAAUUAAUUUGCAGAAAGAAAAAAAAAAACGUGUGUGGAAUUUUGAAGAAUUUCCUAUUUGAAUAAAAUAAUGAUUAAGAUUUAUGGUUGGUAAUGUAAGAAAAUAAAAAUAUAUAAUAAUCAUUCGAAUAGAUCAGUUUUCAUGAUCAUGCAAAAAAGAAAAAAAAAAAAAAGUAAAAGAAAAUAUUGCGCAUACGAAAUAUACCAUAAGAGGUGUACGACGUAAACUCAUAAAAUUAUUAACUUGUAUAUUCAUCAUGGAAAUAAACAAAAAAAUGUCCUCAA